AGGGGAGGAAAAUUAAUGAAAGACUUGACAGGUAUUCAGUCUGCCUAUCAGCAUAUAUGCCGUUGUCUAUUUUUUAAAUAUUCCUCUUUAUGUUAAAUAAGUGAAGUUAAUUGCCAACAAACUACAAUUUAUGUAAAUGCACUAACACGGGUAUAAGCGUAAAAUAGCUGUAUUGAAGUUAUAUUGUGAAAAUAUUGUAAACGAGUGUGUGAGGGGUAGCAACGGUAUGGCGGAAAAUGGCAUGCGUGUUGGAGGCGCCAGCGGAGCUGAAGUUGGCGACUACAGCAAUGGAAAUCAUGAACACGAGUUAGGACAAGAAAAUAUUAAGAGCACGCCGCGCUUAAAUGAGACUGCACAAAAGUAUAUGCAGGAAUUACUUGCCGAGCGUGCACGUAUGGAAAAUCACUUUCCUUUAGCCGUGAAGCUGAUCGAUGAAGCACUGGAACGCAUACAGCUGAAUGGACGCAUACCCACGCGUGAGCAAUAUGCAGAUGUUUAUCAGCAAAGGACUAUUAGACUGUCACAAAAGGUGCAUGUUCCCAUAAAAGAUAAAAAGUUUAAUUAUGUUGGCAAACUGCUUGGACCAAAGGGAAACUCAUUGCGCCGACUGCAAGAGGAAACACAAUGCAAAAUUGUUAUACUUGGACGUUUUUCAAUGAAAGAUCGCGUACGCGAAGAGGAGUUGCGCAACUCAGCUGAUGCCAAAUAUGCUCACCUUAACUUACCGUUACAUGUCGAAGUGUCAACUGUUGCCCCACCAGCUGAAGCAUAUGCACGUAUUGCCUAUGCUUUAGCAGAAAUACGACGUUAUUUAAUACCAGAUAAACACGAUGACAUACGGCAAGAGCAAUUUCGUGAGUUGAUGGAAGAUCCGGAAGCAGCUAAGAAAAUCACCACACGCCAACAACAGCAGCAGCAACAACAACAGCAACAAAAUAAUGCUCAUUCAGUUGGCGGCAACAACAAUAAUUCAAAUCAUCGCUCAGGUGGUGCGGCUGGGAACAGUGGCAUGUAUAGGCCAAAAUAUCAACAACAAUUUAAUUACCAUUACAAUGAUGAGACUGUUUAUUAUCGUUCGCAUAACAACAAUUAUCACCAACCAAAACCUUAUGUGCCAGCUGCCCAACGCUCAAACCUAAUGCACUCGACAAUGCCGCCACAAGCUAUUGUCAAUGCUUCACCAUCGGGUAUGUUGCCAAAUACAUCAAAUUAUAGUGGGCGUGGUUCAGCCAUAAAUAGUGGCAUACCAUCGAAUAACGUAAAUAAUUUACGAUAUCGUUCGUCAUUGCCGCCGUAUCAGUUUGUAAAAAAAUAAUGGAAAGACAUAGCCAUUAAAUGGAUUUCGAAAAGUUUAUUUUUUUUGUUGCUUCGUUCUCCAUAUUUCCUAUGUAAUUAUGCAUAUGCAUAUGCAUAAACGUAAACAUAUUGUUUAUCCCUAAAAUGUUAGCAUUACGGCUGACCGAUGUUUCAUUUGUUAACUAGUGUACUGGUUGCGUUAUAUAGACGUAGUUAUAUAUUAUUACAUACAAUAAAUAAAUACACACGCAUA